UGCUAAAUAAACAUGAUUUCAGGUGCGUUUUAUGCAUUAUUAGCGGGCUUUCUUGGAGCCGUCGCCUCCUCGUCAGCCAAGCUAUCUCUGGGCUCAGACUACCUCAAAGGGAUGUGUGAAACAGGGCUGAAAACGUGGUCUCAGGAUGGAGACUACAGGAUUAUUCCGGAGGAAACGUCACCCUGCGAAUGGCUCCACAUCCCUCUGCGGUUGCUGUGUGGAGGACUGCUGUUCACCAGUAAUGCUGUGAUGUGGACCUUCUUCUCCAAGGCUCUGAGACACUCCUCCUCCUCGGCCCGGGCCACGGUCACCACCACCGCAUCCAACUUUGUAUCCUCUGCAUUCCUUGGGAAGCUGAUCUUUGGCGAGACCCACGCAGCACUGUGGUGGGUGGGCAUCUCUCUAACGCUGUCAGGUUUACUGGUGCUGCACGGAUCAACUUCUCAACCAGCAGAGGCCAAGAAGGAAGAGUGAAGGACUGUCCACAUGUGGAAUAAGAAGUGUAAUAACAAUACCACUGUAUCAAUCACCCCACCUGACCGCCUCGCCGUUCCACACACGCUUUCUGGCUCAAAUAAUCUGGAUCUCACGAGAACCAUGUUCUAUUACCACAAAGGGCUUUGAUGUUACAUCUGACUACAUGGAUUCUAACAUGUUACAUCUGACUACAUGGAUUCUAACAUGUUACAU